ACUCUUUCUUCGUUGGAUUUCUCUUUUGCGCACAUGCUCACUUUCAUCCCAGCAAUCUCCAAGCCGUGGCGCUAUCACGAUGAUGGUAUCAAGGGUGUCCCUGAACCGCACUUUUUCAAGGAGGGUUGCCGGCGAAUAGUCGCACCGAUGCCCUAUGGCCAUGGUUAUUCUAGCCCAACCCAUGACGUAUAGGCCUAUGCGCACAGGUGAUGGCACCGUGUGAUCUGCAGCGAGCUCAACUUUCUUCACACUAUAUAAAGUUCAUAAAUUCUCCGGCCUGAAACACACAGACGCGUUGACAAUUUACCAAGCUUCAGAAUAUUAUAAGCUGCAAAUAUGUCUUUUGUGGAGAGGUCAACGGCCAAGGCCAAGGAGAUCGCGGCGGAGGAUAUCUCGAGGGCUAAGGAACUUGCUUUCAAGACGGCCAGCUCUGGCUCGUUCUGGUACCCCAUCAAGGGUAUUUUUUACUUCGUGUAUCACCGAAAUCUAUGGAAGCCAUUUACCUCCCGUCUCCUCUCCACCUUGACCUUGUCGGUUUCCGUGGUGUCCUUCAUGUUCAUCUUCACCUAUAUCCCCCAAGUCACGAUUCUAUUCUUUACCAGCGGACCACUGGCUCCGUUCUCAGCGAUCUUGCUCAUCCUCAGCGAGAGCUCGACUAUCAUCAACAUGCUCGCCAGGUCAUUCCUGAUCCGCGAAGCUCUUGACGACACCUUCGAUGCCGUCCUCUUGACCAAGAACGAGGAUGUAUUGGUGUCUGGUGGACGUAAACUCAACAAGAGCACCGAUCCGAUCAGCCGGCUUGGUGCUACCAUUAAAAACCCGUUCCACAACUUUACGCCGAAGGCAAUUAUCAGAUACGUCAUGUAUCUACCGCUCAACUUCAUUCCAGUAGUGGGAACAAUCACGUUCCUAAUCCUACAGGGCAGAGGCCGCGGAACAUAUGCACACUCACGCUAUUUCCAACUCAAGAAGAUGAGUGCUUCCAGCCAGAAUAAGUUUGUGCAAGAUAACGCCGGCCCUUACACUGCGUUCGGCAUUGUUGCUUCGCUGCUGGAGAUGGUCCCAAUUGCGUCGAUUUUCUUCUCGUUCACAAACACAGUUGGCGCCGCGCUAUGGGCCUCUGAUAUCGAGAAGAGCGAAAAUGGGAUGGAUGAUAUUGCCAAUCCGGAUUCCAUGGAGCUUAAAGCUAAGGGGGAGUAGAGAGACAAGAUGAUAUCGUUUCAUCGUUUCUUCGCUGGAUGAAUGGUUAAUAGACAGGGUGAGCUUUUGGAUCUGAUCGAGAGAUUUUAUAAUCAGUGGUCGGGUUGGAGUCGUUCUCUAGACCUCUUAUAUGCUGGAUGAAUAUAUUGGCAGAUAUAGUAUGUAUCAGAUGGAUAAAUGGAGCAAUGUGGAUAUGGGAUUUCCUAUUUCUAGGUAGAAAUUAGCAGAGCCUGAGGUAAUAUCAAGACAUUCAAAGUCGA